AUGCAAGAAGUCUACAGGGAGCACAUGCCACUUACGGCACUACUAAACAUUCAAGGCAACGUUCUAGUUGGUGGGGGAGGCGGAAAUGUCCAAUUUGGCUUUCCCAACCAAAUCGUUCUAGUUAGUCCAUCUAAGGCCGUUCUGGCCAAGCAAGACGUUCGUACGGUCGUAAUAUCUCUUAAUGGCUCAGCAGAUGCCGUCAUCGUAUCUUAUGGUGAUUCUUUUGAUCUUUUUGAAAUUGAUAAGGACUUAUCUACUUUGAUUGGACCUUUCCCCCUACCUAAUGGCUGUAUUUCAGCUGUAAUCUGUGGUUCUACUCUCUACUAUUUACUGAGCCGGCGUUUGUACUCUUUGCCCAUUUCUGGGUUUAUUAAAGGCGCCUCGCCCGGUCUGAUGGCUUUACCGGCAACUAUGCGGACAACAGAUACGGUUAUUCGUUUAUUUAGUGGUGAUUCCGGUGUAGAUUGCCUAGUUCAAAGAGAAGGCGACUAUCUACUUAUUAACAACCAGUCAGUUUCUGCUUUAGAAGAUAAGAUAAGCUACUAUACUAGAGAAGGAGAGUCACUGGCAUACAUAAUACAACGAUCGGAAGAAAGGACAGGUAUAACCAUGCAGUACCAGAACAAAGUCUACCAAGUGAUUGAGUCGCGGUGUAUUUGUGUUUGUGCCUUAGGCCAGGGCUUGUUUGUCGUUGGUGAUGGAGAUGGGAGUUUAAUUGCUUAUCGUCGGGGCCGGGAAGUCUGGCGGAAGAAGGUUUCCCAUUCACCGAUUACUUCGAUUAGCCGGGUAGAACGAGGGGGUUUGAUGUGCUGUACUAUUCAUGGGGACUUGAUUAGUACGGGUGUAGGUGGAGGUAUGCGUGGCUGGGGUUUAGGAGUGGCAGUAGUGGGUUUAGGAGUGCUAGGUGGGGUAGGAGCUAAGUACUGGGCGAUGGGUGUGUUAAGUCGGGGUUUAGAGAUCGUUCGGAGCUGGUUUGGGUAA